CCGGGUGGCUGGGGGGGAAGCAUUUAAGAGUCGGACCGCGAGAAGCGCUUGUAAACAGAACGCCGGGCGGGGAUGCUCGGCUGCCUGACGGGCUGUCACGGUGAGGCGGGCUUGCCGCGAAGCCGCGCCCCGACCGGGAGUAGACGGCAGGCCCCGUAGGUGAAGGGACAGCAACAGCCGGCGGCCAGGAGCCCAUAAAAGUGGAGUGCGUCUCUGGCUGGGGAAAUCCUAACGAUUUGAAGCUUGAGGAGGAAAACAUACUGUUGCUGUUUGGAAGGAAAUUAAGGAUUGGAGAGGCCUUGCGUUGACAACCACGUCCUGUUGUCUUUACAGAGCUCUCAAUGAAGAAUCAUCUCAAAGGAACGUUUGUCUCCCCGUACUCCUGCUAAUAGCCAUGAGCCACUAGCAAAUGCUUUUAAUGACUGAAAAAACAUCAACUACGCUUGUUCUUGGCCUGGUUUCGGCAGUCGAAUGAAGGUUUCCUUCAGUUGUUUCCAGGACUCUGUUGCCGAGGCUCCCCUCUUUGUCUGGGUGCAACUUCAGAAAGCCCUUUCCUGAGCCAGUUUAGGACCUAAGAGCUCCCAGAGCCUAUGACAUGGAGGCUUUGGAAGUGGAUGAUAUCAGCCCCGCCUUGGAAGUUACCGAGGAUUUCUUCAGUACUUUUGAUAGUAAGCUAGAAAAGGCUGUGCAGCAAGCUGAGGUUUAUGGGAUUCAGGAAGUCCCUGAAUUGGUGGGGCACGAGGUACUAAGUACCAUCACAGACAAUGGUGCUCUCAGAAGUGUCGCCUCCCUGGGCAAGGGGGGCUUGAUCUGGGACCACUGUAAGAGCAGGCUCUUAGAAACCAAAGCUCAAAAUGUCUUCCCUGCCAAAGAACAGUUUGUGGUUCAGAAAGGGACAGCCCCGGAUAACCUUUCCUGGAUGGAACAAAAAGAAGCAUCCACCUUUAACUUUUUCAACAUCUGUCAGCGUCGGAGGGACAGACCUCGAUCCGUGAAUGACUUACUGGACGAGACCUCUACUUUCAAGCCAGGGCAUGCGCGGUCAAGGUCGGAUAUUACCCAAGUGGACUGGAGGCUGGUCCUCAAAGCCAUGCCCCUGCCGCGGCAGCAGCCAUCAUCUUUCCAGGGCCCUCACUUCCCCAGGCCGCCCUUUCUGUCGUCCUCGCCCAGCAAGGUAGAAGACGCCCAAGGAAACACUGAACACAAGCAAGCAUUCCCAAACAUUCUGAAGAAGGGGUACCUGGAGAUCAGGAAGGACCAUGAUAGUUACUGGCAGAGCUGUUAUGCAGAACUCUCACCCUACAACUUAGCCUUCUACAGCCUCGACAGCAGUGGCAAUCAGGCCCUCUAUGCCACCUACCAGCUUUCGCACUUUCAGAGCAUAUCGGUGUUGGGCAACCUUGAGGCCAGGCUGGUGGAUACCGUUCUGUAUGACAACACUCAGCUGCAGUUGAAGGCGGAGUCACCGUGGGAGGCUUUAGACUGGGGGCAGAAGCUUUGGGAAGUCGUGCACGCCACUGUGCCCGGGUACGUGGGGCGGCAGGAUGACUUGGCAAACUCCUCAGGGCUUGGUCACCACGUUGACUGUACACAGAACCAUUGUUUACAGAAGAAAUCCAGUGAGCUUCUCGCACCGUCACCUGUCUUGGAUAGCCCCAAACAAUACCAGAACAUCAUCAAAUCAGGGACACUCUACAGGCUAACUGUCCAGAACAACUGGAAGGCCUUUACUUUUGUGCUGAGCAGGGCCUACCUUAUGGCCUUCCAGCCUGGCAAGCUGGACGAGGACCCCCUGCUAAGCUACAAUGUGGACGUGUGUCUGGCUGUCCAGAUGGACAACCUGGAUGACUGUGACUCUUGCUUUCAAGUCAUUUUCCCCCAAGAUGUCCUCCGCCUCCGUGCAGAGACCCGGCAGAGGGCUGAGGAGUGGAUGGAGGCUCUGAAAACAGCUGCCAAUGUGGCACGGAGUUCAGAGCAAAACCUGCAAGUGACCCUGAGGAGCAAACCCAAGGAUCAGAUGGGCAGGCACGAACUCCGGAAGAACAAACGUCAGUCUGUGACCACCAGCUUCCUCAGCAUUCUGACAACUUUGUCUUUGGAACGAGGGCUCACUGCUCAGAGUUUCAAGUGUGCAGGUAUGAAGCAAAGUUUUAGUUGA